CACGUGCGAAGUGUCAAGACGUGUGCCUACUUUUCGAAGAAGCUCCUCAGAAGACUGAAAGUAACAACAUUUUACAAAACUGUUGACAGCGACCAGCGUCCUCGCCAACCAUGAUCCGCAUCAUCACCCCACAAAUCGUCUGCAUCACCGCCCUAGUAAUGAUGGCUGUAGCAGACGGCAUAUCAUUCACAGAAACUGAGAAGAACUAUAUUGAAUAUAUGAAUGAGAAAUUCUGCGGACAGGACCGCAUGUGUUCGAAAUCCAGCGUAACAAAUAUUGGUUCUUGUCGCAUAUGCCCAGGUUGCCAUUGUGAUGACCAGUGCGAUAAAUAUGGCGACUGUUGUGCUGACAAAGCUUUGGAACAUUUGGGAACUCCAAAUUUUCACCCAUCCCGAUAUCGGUGCAGUAGCAACGCCUUCAAACUCAUCUAUGACAAAAAAGCAGGGUUCGCUUUCCAUUCAAUCCAAAAAUGUUCAAUACGAACUGACGAGGAGCUGGUGAAGCUUUGCGAAAGCCCAGACCCAAGCAACAUCACUCUAGCUGUUCCUGCUGAGACAGCGACGGAGCUGUAUCGGAAUCAGUUCUGUGCGGAGUGUAACGGUGAUACUGAAUUCCGACUCUGGGCAAUCAAAGCCCAGUGUACCCAGCUUGUCUGGUUGAGGCCUGGAAUGACCUCACUUCAGAUCAUACAAACUUUCAUAGACGAUAUCGGUUGUGCCAUCUUCCUUCAGCCGCCAAAAGACUCGAACAUGAGGCAGUGUUACACGCCCAUUGAGAUCACUUCUUCGUGCAACAUCACAGGCAAAUGGCAGGAAUACAAUGACACAACAGAAAAAAGCUGUCUUGGCUAUUCCGCCCCGAUUCAUCUGUUCGGGGAUACCUACCGGAACGUCUUCUGCUAUAUGUGUAACCAUGGCGACCUGGACGAUAAUUUCCUGCCAAUGCCCAGUUGUCCGUUCGACAUGCCCUACCCGUUCUCUGUAGUGAUGGAUCCCGAGGCCAUCAAGAUGGUACAGCAUACGACUGCUCUGUCCUGCGAAUGUCCAGCAGGAACCAUAUAUGACAACAACACAGAGGAGUGCCGCCAGAUACAGUGCACUGGGGACCGCAUCCUCAGAGAUGAAGCAUGCUUCUCGGUCAUCAGGUCGGCUAAAGGUAUGGUGUACUACUCAGAGGUACUUCUUAGGCCCACUACCAGCCUCGUGGUCCCGGACAACAUCAAGACAUGGCUCACCGCCACUGCAGACCAACUCAAGGACCACCUCAAAGCUGUGCUAGACAUUGAUACAUUCGCUAUUGGACUUUUUCGGUUCAGAGCUCAUGUCAAAAGAGAGUCGGGAAAUUCUGCCAGCACAGUUCAGUACAUUUCCCUCCACACAAAAUUCCUGAUCAAUUGGGAGAGCGAGAUAGGCGACAUGGAAUCCACACUUCUGGAACUACGUGAGUCAGUUUGGUCAGUGACACUUGGCGUCUCCAAUGUCACAUUCACGGCUGAGCCAGUGUGGACAGAUCCCGAUAACAACAACACGUUCCCAAAGCUUACCACAGAAACCUUAGAUGAGACUACAAGCAUCUACACACUUGACAUCGGUAAGAUCAUAGACUUCAACAACCCUCUCUACGUCGCAGCCACUCUACAAUGCCCAAGAGUGAAGGUCUUCCAAGAUGUCGACUACACAUAUGAUGAGGUCACUAACACCAUGCAACGUACUGGCUCCAAUCAAACUAUUGAUAUCAGUCAAUUUGAGCCUUCAACUAAUAACUCUGGUUUUGUCUGCUAUUCAGCAAUAUUUGACAAUGGUACAACUUGCGGUGGGACUGUCACCCUCUCCUCAACAAGUAUGUCAUCGGGGACUCUCUUCUACGUCUCGAUGGUCUGCCUGACUCUAACCCUCAUCUGCCUCCUUCUGACGUUCCUUGUCUACUGCAUCUACAAACCACUGAGAACUCUGUCCGGUAAGAACACAAUGGGACUCGUCUUCACACUGCUAGUAGCCCUCUUGCUAUACACUUUAGGCAGUGCAAGAGUUGAACAGCCCAUGAUGUGCCGAGUGACUGGAAUGGUCACACAUUUCUUCCUACUGAGUUCCUUCACCUGGAUGUCCAUCUGUACAAUCCACACGUACGUCGCCUUCAAGAACCUCCUCCUAUCACGGCAUGCCGGUUACAGUAACAGAAAGAGGUACGUCCUCUACGUCUUCAUCAGCAUCAUCAUCCCUGGCGCCAUCGUUGCUGGAACGGUAGCAGUCAACCAUAGUCUAAGUGAUGGUCUGGACACUGGGUAUGGGACCAGCAUUUGCUACGUGUCCAACUUCCUCUCUGUGCUUCUAGCAGUCGGGGUCCCUGUAGCUAUCAUCAUGGCUAUCAAUGGCGGUCUUUUCGUAACAACAGCUCUUACCAUGAGGAAACUGGCCAAGGAACAACAAGAGCUGAAGAGCAAGAAGUCCAGCAUCAGUCUAUAUGCACAACUCUCCAUUCUGACAGGAAUCACCUGGUUCUUUGCCCUUGUGUCUGUUCUGGUGGACUCGGAGGUCUAUAAGUACAUUUUCGUCAUUUUAUGCGUGGUUAAAGGUGUUUAUAUUUUCGUCUCCUUCGUUUGUACUAAGAGGGUCUUCGACUUAAUGAGAGGAUGCUGCAUGGGUAGAUCUCUACUUGAGCCCAGUUCCAUGGUGACUGAUGACAUCAAAAUGACCUUCAGUGGAAAGGAACUGGACAUUGAGGAGCUUGAAGAGGAUAAAGACAAUAAUUACGCUUCUAUCAAAGAAAUGAGAGAUCACACUGAGUCUGUCAGCGUCAGUCAGGACGGCGUCGAUAACGAUACGUACAAUACAAUUGGGGCUUACAAGGAUGAAGAUGAUGCUUCAAGAGGUACUUCCGACUGUGACACUUUGAAAGUAAAUUCCUCUUGUCGGGGUGCUGCUGAUACUGAACACGUUGUUGACAUGCACACACCCGCUGGUGACGACGACCACUACGGACUUUUGAUGAAUUCAACUACUAAGGAAAUUCGUAAUCCUUGUAAUGUUAUGUUUAACCCUGUGUUUAAGUGAAGCGUUUACAUUUUAACAGAUAUGAAAGACUCAGUGAUUUCCAUCUUAGUUAACUGACUAUAAAAGUAAAAUUUCCACCCUUGCCGAACUUGGCUAGAAUUUCGUGUCUCGAUCAUAGCGCCAACAGUGGCUAUUACGAGUUAUUUCCCCUCUUUGUCCCUCCUAUUGACUAAAUUCCACCUCUCACACCACUUGCACCACAAAAUGGUAGCGACCAGUCAAGACGAUCUGAUCAUAGUCAAGAUCUUUUUGUAAUAAAACGAGUCUUAUCUCUUGAAGUGUAUCAAAUCACUUGAGAACCUUGAUUAAGAACAUGAAAAGAUUUGAAAAAUAUCUGUCGACACCCAGUUGACGGUACACAAAUCCUGCAGUCGACCGAAAUCCUCACUGCAGUCACCAUAUUAUUUGAGAACCGAAUGUCUAUUUCGUUACGCGAUUUUGAUUCGACUGUUCAUAGACUCGUUGGUCCAGCCAAAAUAAUACUCCGAAAUUCAAGCCUCGUUCGGAAAGGGUAGAAACGGGACUUUUAUCGUCAGUUAACCCCCCCCCCCCCCCCCUAGCCUCGAGAAGAUGGGUGAUUUCAGACACUGACAUUAUUUCAACGUUUGCCAUUGCCAUACAAUUUUGUGCUCCUUUUCAGUUCGUUUUUUUAUAUUCAUACUAUAUUAUUUGUGGUGUACAUUAUAAAACGUUUUGUAUGAAAACACGAAAUAAACCAUUUUGUUUUGAUGUAUA